UGCAGCUUCAAUACGAAAUGUCCGAACAUCGCGAGGAAGUGGAGCGGAACCGUCUGGCCAACGAAAUGACCUCCGCGGAUUUCCUGUGGGCGAUACACCGAUUGGAGCAGGACGUCAGCAGGAACAUGAGUUUACUUCAGGAUCGUUCGUUGGUCAUCCUUGAUCAACAAAAGUCUUGCGCGAAUUUUGGCUAGGACUGGAGCUCGUUCACCAACUCACAACCGCACGGAAAUAUGAAUUGCUGGUGGAGAUGAAGGAUUUUAAUGGCACUUACGGUGGCACUGCAGGACAUUCGUUGGUAUCCGGGUACAAGUUCUCAACACCGGAUCGUGAUAAUGAUGCUUACAGUACUCAUUACACUGUUGAUUAUGAAGGCGCUUGGUGGCACUUUAGUAAUUCCAAUUUGAACGGACGCUACAAGAAUACUACCGAUAAGAAAUCGAUUUGGUGGUACUCUUUGAAAGCCGACUAUCGAGGCAUGAACUUCACCAGGAUGAUGAUACGUGAAUCGUGA